AUGUGCCGAGCUUUUGCAGCAACCCUUAAAGGUAGUGCCAGGGAUUGGUACCAGACCCUACAACCUAGAUCGAUUGGUUCCUUCUUGGAGAUGGAACGGCUAUUCACUGGCCACUUCCUCAGUAGUUGGAGAAUCGUCAAAACAUCAACCCAUCUAAUGAGCACGGUCCAGGGAGAAAGGGAGACGCUAAAUAAGUUCAUGCAUCGCUUCAACACUACGACCUUGGAGAUCUGCAACCUAGACAUGGGAGUGGCUUUGGCAGCUCUGACCACGGCCCUUCAGCCCAAAAACUUCAUCUACUCUCUGGGGAACAAGACGUCGGCUGAUAUGGGAGAAUUGAUGGCCCGAGCACAGAAGUACAUCAACCUCGAAGAAAUGAUGGACACCAAGGGAAAUCGCAUCGAGCUGAAAAGGAAAGGUAAUAGUCGAGAGAUGGGAGAACCCUCUAGACAAAUGAAGAUACAAGAGACCUGUACGCUACUCGACAACUCUAAAACGAGAGGGCUGUCUAGUAAGUUCUCCACUUAUACACCUCUAAACGCACCGCAAUCAGAUGUAUUAAUGCAUAUAAGGAAAAAGGACUAUGUCUCAUGGCCCGAACCUAUGCGAACCCCUUCAUAUAAACACAACAUGUCCAAGUUUUGCCAAUUUCAUAGGGAUCAUGGGCAUGAUACAGAGGAGUGCAUUCAGCUAAAGAAUGAGAUUGAAACUUUUAUCAAAAGGGGAUACCUAUUAAGAUUCAUAAAGAAGGAAGAUCGUCAAAGGGAACCUCGCGAACAAAAGAGACCCAACGGAGACGAGAAGGAAGAAUAG